AUGCAGCUUACACGCUUUCUGCUGAGCUUGGCAGUCUCUCACAUUGCAGGGGCUGUCCCUGCCCCGGAUCUUGAUCUGCAGAACCUCCUAAAAGUACCAGCCGGCCAUCCAGCAGGACUAUUCCAACAAACCGUGAUUGGACCCGAGCCACCAUUCUCUCCGGGGCAUCGCGACCCUUAUGAUCACAAAGUGGACUCUGUUGGCGAUGGGAUACAACCCCUGCCAUUCCGUAACGGAGAUGGUACUACAGUGAUGGGACCGCGUAAUCCAGAUCGCGAACGUCAAAAUCCCGAUAUUGUCCGGCCGCCAAGUACGGAUCAUGGUAGUAUGCCUAAUAUGCGAUGGAGUUUCGCGGACUCACAUAUUCGGAUUGAGGAAGGGGGAUGGACCCGCCAAACCACCAUCCGCGAGCUACCUACCAGCCGUCAGCUUGCAGGUGUCAACAUGCGCCUAGACUCGGGCGUUAUUCGCGAACUGCAUUGGCAUACCGAGGCCGAAUGGGCGUAUGUGCUUGCCGGAAAGGUGCGAGUUACGGCACUCGACACAGAAGGCGGCAGCUUUAUGGACGAUUUGGAAGAAGGCGAUCUAUGGUACUUCCCUGCUGGCCAUCCACACUCGCUGCAGGGACUAGGUGAAAACGGCACCGAGUUUCUUCUGAUUUUCGAUGACGGCCAUUUCUCCGAAGAGUCUACGUUUGUGUUGACUGAUUGGUUGGCACACACCCCAAAAGCCGUGCUAGCAGAGAACUUCGGCAUGUCGCCGCAAAAGUUCGACAAUAUUCCCUCUUCGGAGAGAUACAUAUUCCAAGGCUCAAAGCCCGGAAGCAUCGAGCACGAAAAGCCGCGAACCUUCAAAAAGUCCAAGAUUAACUUCACGCACCACAUGCUCGCUCAGGAACCCGUACAAACGAGCGGCGGACUGGUUCGGAUCACGGAUUCUACAAACUUUCCUAUCUCCAAAACCGUAGCAGCCGCCCAUCUGGAGAUUGCACCCGGCGCACUCCGUGAGAUGCACUGGCACCCGAAUGCCGAUGAAUGGACGUAUUACAAGAAAGGUCGCGCGAGAGUGACGAUAUUUGCCGCUGAGGGAAAUGCAAGGACGUUCGACUUUGUAGCUGGUGAUGUCGGCAUCAUACCUCGGAAUAUGGGGCACUUUGUCGAGAACCUCAGUGACGAUGAGCCGUUGGAGAUUUUGGAAAUCUUCCGAGCGGAUCGCUUCCAGGAUUUCUCUUUAUUCCAAUGGCUUGGUAGCACGCCUCGCCGAAUGAUUGCUGAUAAUAUCUUCCCGGAUGACCCAAAGGCCGCGGAGGAAUUCUUGAAAAAGAUUGAAGGGGCUGAGAAGGAUCCAAUCAAGGAUACGAUCUAG